AUGAAGUUCUUCAUUCUUGUCGCCUCGUUUUUGGUGAUCCUUGUGGCUGGAGCGCCAACGUCGACUUCGGAUACUACGGAAAACUUGGUGACACAAAAUGUAAAAAACUGCGAAGAAAAAAAGUCUACUGAAAAUGAAAAAGCAGUUAUUUUCUUCAAAACUUGUACGAGGGCAUACACCUGGCAAACGAGGCACAAUGACGAAUGCAACAUUUCCACUUAUUACAAAAAAACGGUCACCACUACCCCUGAAACAUCCACUGAGCCAUUAAACGGAGUCGCACAGUGUACAAAGACACCAUGCGACGCUUCCGAGAAAAUCACGGUUGAUUGUGCUACUGCGUUUGGAGAGAGGUUGUCCGAAAUUGAAAACUAA